AUGGCCGAUCCCAAGCUGUCAAAGAUACCGGCCUGGCAACAUGCGCAAUACGAGAAGGAAAAGGAUGCACAGGAAAAAGAUGCGCCGGGAAAUAGCAACUCUCAGGAUGUCGAUACGACGACAGAAGUUACCCUCGACCAAGCCCGAAAGUUUCUGAAGGACGAGAUGGUUCAAAACUCAAGUAUAGAGAAAAAAAGGGAAUUCCUUAAGGGAAAGGGACUUGACGAUACUCAAAUCCAACAAUUAUUAGAUGAAGUCGAGCAAGAUGCACAGGCUCCGAUCCUACCUACGACUAAUGAAUCCAACGCCGAGGCAAAUGAGAAACAGACUGCAGAAGAAAGUAGAGAUGUCGAGAAGAUUAUCCAAGCAACUUCAUCAUCGACAAGCAACCUAACACCAAUCAUAACCUACCCAGAGUUCCUAACCACCGCGCCUAAACCAGAACCUCUCAUCACACCCUCCCGUCUCGCCAACAUCCUCACCGUCUCCGGCAGUAUAUGGGCACUACUCUACGGCACCGCACGUUUCGCCAUCAACCCCAUGAUCGGCAACCUAAACGAUGCGCGGGCCGACUACUACGCACACGUAAGCGAGAAGCUAGGGCAGCUAGUAGAGAAGCUCGAGGACACCGCCAGCGAAGUCCCGUAUCACAACGGCAAGCUGUUGAAGUCGAGGCCGGAUGAAGGCUCCUACGCAGACGACGAGAGCACCUUCAGCGACCCCACCGAGCUCUUCCACCGAGACAUCGGCACGCAGACGUCGCCCGUGAUGAUGAACCAGGAGUUCGGGUCCAGCACGAACAGCCUAGCCGACAAGCCCAUCGACUCCCAAGCCCGCCGCCUCACCGCCCUCCGCGCUUCCCUGCGCGAGAUAAGCGAUAUGCACGUGCGCCACGCCGAAAGCGCCGCGGAUCUGAACUCCCUCCUGCGGGAGGUCCGCGACGAAGUCGACAAGAUAGGCCUUCCGCCCAUGCUGGACUUUUCCUCGAUUCACGGCGGGUUGGGCUACGGCCGGAGCACGGAGCCCGCAGACGAGGUGAAGAAGACCAAGGAUGCGAUUCGCAGCGUCAAGGGCAUGUUCUUGAGCUCGAGAAGCUUCCCUACUACGACGACACGAUAA